AGAUAAGAGUAAAGACAGAGAUAAUUUUUUUUAAAAAAUCCUAAGUAACUCUUUUAAAACCAAUAACCUUCAACCUAUAAACACGCAGUACUUUUCAGAAUACGAUACUAAAAGCUUCCAUCACACACACUAGUACACAAUGUUGGAUUUAAGUAACUCAGUAACACACCCCUUAUUUCUUUACCAGUCUUGACUCUCCACACUACCUUUUUCUUCUAAACUGCUGUUUCACCAUACUACUAGACAUUUUCCCCUAGAAAUUCAUCUCUCUCUACACAUACUAUCUCCUUGAACUGUGAGACCAGAAUCUGUAGGGGGCAGCCCAGUACAUCACAAUAACCAGAGUUCUACUCAACUAGUUGUGCCCUGGGGACCCCGAAUGACUCUCCAGGCAGUGAGUGAAACGUCACCCCACAAACUCUUGACCUGGGAUUUUAGGGAAUAUAGGAGUGCUUUCACUGCCAUAUAGAAGCCUUCUCCUAAGAUCCUCUAAGUGAAAGAAUCUUUAAUAUCUUUAGGCAACUCUACUUUGUCAGUUUAGAUCUAACUAGAAUUAUCUAUCACUUUGGUUAUCUGGAUUCAACUUCUUUGCUGUGAGAUGAUGCAGGCUUUAAGCACCAAAGUAAACAAAGUGAAGACAUUUUUCUGUGAUUUUCUUAAAUACAUGCCAUGAUUUCAAAGGGAGCUUAUGCUAAGCAUGACCUCAUAAACAAAUCAUUUGUGAAAGAGAAAAACCACAUCCAGGGCAAAGUCAUAACUUGAAAAAGCCUUAUUUCAGCGAGCACUUCCUGAAAGAGACAAAGCAGCAAUUGCAGCUGAGCGAGCAUCAAGUCCUAUACCGAGUAUUAGAUCUGAAACAACUUUUUAAAGCAACGGAAGAGCCUAAAACAAAAGAAAUAUAGCGUUUCUUAAAUACACAGUUUCUAGAAAGAGCUAUUUUAACACAAGCAACUCAAAGAUAUUUCUGUUACAGAACUGUGUUUACCAAAACAUGUUCUUCCCAAACACAGCCUUUUGAUGGUCAAGAGUUUCUAAGUGUCAUGUCCACCAACGAGCUAUAAGAUGACCACUCCUCAGAGUCAAACGCAACCUGACCUUCCUAUUGACCCACAUCCAGAUGAAUACAAGAUUGCAGCCCUCGUCUUCUACAGCUGCAUCUUCAUCAUUGGAUUAUUUGUUAAUGUCACUGCCUUAUGGGUUUUCAGUUGUACCACCAAGAAGAGAACCACUGUGACCAUCUAUAUGAUGAAUGUGGCACUACUGGACUUGAUAUUUAUAAUGAGCCUACCCUUUCGGAUGUUUUAUUAUGCAAAAGGUGAAUGGCCUUUUGGAGAGUACUUUUGCCAGAUUCUUGGGGCUCUCACAGUCUUUUACCCAAGUAUUGCUCUGUGGCUUCUUGCUUUUAUUAGUGCCGACAGAUACAUGGCCAUCGUACAGCCAAAAUAUGCCAAGGAACUCAAAAACACGUGCAAGGCCGUGAUGGCAUGUGUGGGCGUCUGGAUAAUGACCCUGACCACCACCAUCCCCCUCCUGCUGCUCUAUGAAGAUCCAGACACAGCCUCCUCCACCCCCGCCACCUGCCUCAAGAUUUCUGACAUCAUUUACUUAAAAGCUAUUAACGCGCUGAACUUCACUCGACUGGUAUUUUUUUUCCUGAUUCCUCUGUUCAUCAUGAUUGGGUGCUACUUGGUCAUUAUCCAUAGUCUUCUUCACGGUAAGACCUCUAAGCUGAAGCCAAAGGUCAAAGAGAAGUCGAUCCGGAUUAUCAUCACGCUGAUGGUGCAGGUGCUGGUCUGCUUCAUGCCCUUCCACAUCUGCUUUGCUUUCCUGAUGCUGGGAGGGGAUGAGAACAGCUACAACCCCUGGGGAGCCUUCACCACCUUCCUCAUGAACCUCAGCACUUGUCUGGACGUGAUUCUCUACUACAUCGUUUCGAAACAAUUUCAGGCUCGAGUCAUUAGCGUCAUGCUCUACCGUAAUUACCUUCGGAGCGUACGCAGAAAGAGCUUCCGCUCAGGUAGCUUACGGUCACUAAGCAACGUAAACAGUGAAAUGCUAUGAAUCCUCACUGUUGGCCUUCAAGAUCUUCAAAUACACUUAACUAUCUUAGGGUGAGUGGAUAUUCUCUAGGAUAUCAACAAGUCCCUUCUCUCCUGAAUAAAAUAAUCUUUAAAAACCCUU